AUGGCUAGCGAUGAAGGCGAAUACAUGCUUGUUCCUCAUAAACAUAAAAUCAAUUUCUACAGAACCACAAAAGUUCGUGUAUCCACUGAUUUUGUUGAUACGGUAGAUCCUUAUCAUUUUAUCUCUUUCCCAGAUUUGCUAGCCAGGAACUUUGACACUCGUGUUGCAUUUGAUUUUCUUGGUGAAGUUGUGUCAACUGAUCCCAUGCGAGUCAUUGUUGAGUAUGGAAGAGAGAAAAUGUUAAUGAAUCUGGUUGCUCAGGAUUUAAGUGGUACGAAAAUUGCAGUCGCUUUGUGGGGCAGUUUUGCACUGAAGCUGAAUACUUACAUUUCACAACAUAAUGAGACUGCUCCUGUUAUUAUCCUGCUACGUUUUGGCGAAACUCAAAAUUUGGGGUGGUCAGCCUCAAGUUAG